AUGGUUGUUUGGGGCUUGGUUGCUGAUGCAGAGGAGGCUGGGGGGGCUCAGGGUCUAGAGGGGGGGGUCGCUUCGCCCGCGGAGGAGGAUGGGGCCCCCGGGGGGCCCCCCAGGGGCCCCCGGGGUUCGGAGCAGCAUGCAGCGGCGCAGCCGCAGCCACAGCAGCAACAGCAACCGCAGCUGCUGCAGCAGCAGCAGCAGCAGCAGAGAGGUGGCGGCCACCGCUACCGGCGAGGAGGAGGAGGCAGAGGGGGCCCCCAGGGCCCCUCAAGCGCGGGCCCAAUGAGAGGAGGGUUUGGGGGGAGGGCGAGUGACCUUCCCCCCACAUGGAAAUCCCCAACUCAAAAUCUUUAG